AUGGAACCAUUUGAGACUCUGUAUGGUAGGAGAUGUCGAUCUUCAAUUGGUUGGUUUGAUGCAUUUGAGGUUAGACCAUGGGGUACAGAUUUGUUGAAGGAGUCCCUGGACAAGGUCAAGUUGAUCCAAGAUAGACUCUCAUGGCUCAGAGUAGGCAAAAGAAUUAUGCAGAUCGAAAGGUAUAUUGGUCCUUUCGAGAUUGUGGAGCGUAUUGGUGAGGUGGCAUAUCAGUUGGCUUUGCCGCCUGGGUUGUCAGGUGUCCAUCCUGUAUUUCAUAUUUCAAUGGUGAAGAAGUAUCAUCAGGGUGGUGCUCAUGUGAUUCAAUGGGAUUCAGUGUUACUUGAUCAGAAUUUGACUUUUGAGGAAGAGCCGAUAACCAUUUUGGAUAGGCAAAUUCGGAAGCUAAGGUCCAAGGAGAUUGCUUCAGUAAAGUUAGGCAUAUUGCAGAUGGGUGAUGUUCGCAAGAAUUCCACUGAUUGUGAACGUUUCGAAGCUUUGCGAAAGGGAAUUGUGAAGAUUCGUGACACGAGUUCGGCAUUUAAGAUUCGAUUCCGAGUUGGAGCACAUCUCGAGGAGAAGUUUGAGUCCGAGUUUGGAGUGUCUUGGAGUUGUGACAAAGAUCCUAUCUGGAAUCCUAACAAUGUCCCAAAAAGAAAGAGAUCAGAGCUUAACAAUGCAUUUUGGCACCUGUCAAAAGACUCCAGAGGCAACUUUAUAACAUUCUACAGGAACCAGAAUUUGGAAACAUACCAAACGGGUGGUGAAGAUGCUACUCUAAUUUAA